AUCAGUAGAGGCGCUGGUCCGUAAACGGGGAUCGUCUUCGUUUACUGGGAUAUCCCAGUAUACGAGGACAAAUCGCGUCCUCUUAAACUGGGAUCGUCGCGGUUUAAAAGGACGUUUUUUUUUCACCUACCUGUACGGGCCUUGGACGGCAGUAUCGGGGCUUGGGAGUGCUAAAAAUAGAUUCCUCGUCAUCGAAUACCCCUAGUUCACCGUCUUUUCUGACAACUUACCCGUCUUCCCGCGGACACAGCUGUGCAACUAUCGCCGGCCGUAUAUUCACAUGUACAAUAAUGGACGACGGGGAAACUCUAGCGAGUGUGUUGAGGGAAGGGAUGAUGGCCGAGUUGGGAGAUGAUGAACUUCAAGUCCAUGAAUUACGGCCGAUGCUACCGCCGCUGGUUCCAGCGCCAGCCAGCCCCAGUCAGCUAUUAGAGCUUACUCCCUUAAAUGAGAAUAGCCAAAUGGAGAAUGACAAUGACGAUAACCUUGAAGUCCACAAUACUUCAGUCGAGGUAGACGAAGUCAGCACAAUUGAAGAGCGCCAUGGAGAGGUCGUGGAGGAGGUCGAGUUAGAAGAUGAAGACAAAACAACCCGUGCCAUGGGGUACAUCACUGACCCAACCCAAAGACGGAAACGGUUGAGUGCAAGAAAGAAAACACUCCUAGAAAAGGCCAAAGAAAUUUGCAUAAUGUGUGGCGCUAAAGUCGACCUGGAGAUAAAGACCGAGAGUGGGAGGCAGUAUUCUUAUCACUCCCAUCCUAUUACCAGGAGGAGUGUAAAAUUACAGGCAGGGAGUUCGACCCUAGAGACAAGAACCUCAUCUCGGCCUACCUUCCAUACACCAACUAAAAGGCGAGUAACACCCCAAAGACCUAAACCUGGUAACGUUGCUGGACCCUCCUCCCCACAAAAGAGAUUGUCUGCACCAGUACAAGGCCUACCAGGAAAGAAGAAAAAACAGAUGUCGAAGCGAGCCAGAGAAGAACCUGCGCAAAAUAAGUGCAAGAUAUGUCGCAUCAUGUAUGAUAGCAAGAAAGACAAAGAACUUCAGAAAAAAAAGGGGGCGUCUGCCUCGUGGAUAGGAUGCGAUGUAGAAGUGUGUGAUUAUUGGGGACAUGCUUGUUGCAUCGGAAUAAAAGUGAAAGAUAGGCGUUCUGCCCAGAAAAUCCCCUUUAAAUGCACUGAACACCAGUAAGGUGGUCAGGAGCAGUCAAGGAACAGUUUUCUUGUUAUGAUCAUAGUAUUUAGGUGAACUGUAACUCAGGGUUUUUGUACUUUUAUAAAAUGUAAGUUUUGUUGUUUCCGAAGUUGUAUCAGAAGAUUAAAAAGUUAUUUACAUGUUUGUUUACAUAAAGUGCACUUUAAUAACGAAGGAAAAAAAGAUGCAUAUUAUACUCGGCCAGUAAAUCCAAGUGAUGUGCACUAUCAGUGCAAUUAUAUGAACUGUUAUUCAGGGUUUUUGUACUUAAAAAAAAAUGUAUUAAAGUUUUUUUGUUGUCGCCAAAGUUGUAACUGUAGAUUAAAGAUGUUAUUUUCACGUUUGUGUACAGACAUAAAAUGUAUUUUUAAAACAGAUGAAAAAGAUGCAUAUCAUACUCAGCCAGCACUGUUAUUCAGGGUUUUUUGUACUUUUUUAAAAAAUGAAAUGUAUUAAAGUUUUGUUGUUCUCGCCAAAGUUAUAACAGUACUCAGCCAGCAAAUUCAAGUGAUGUGCACUAUCAGUGCAAUUAUAUGAACUGUUAUUCAGGGUUUUUGUACUUGAAAAAAAAAUGUAUUUAAGUUUUUUUGUUGUCGCCAAAGUUGUAACUGUAGAUUAAAGAUGUUAUUUUCACGUUUGUGUACAGACAUAAAAUGUAUUUUUAAAACAGAUGAAAAAGAUGCAUAUCAUACUCAGCCAGCACUGUUAUUCAGGGUUUUUUGUACUUUUUAAAAAAAUGAAAUGUAUUAAAGUUUUGUUGUUCUCGCCAAAGUUAUAACAGUACUCAGCCAGCAAAUCCAAGUGUUAUCGGUGCAAAUAGAUGAUCACGGUUUUGUACCUUUGUAAAGUGUAAAUAAAAAUUCUUGUUAUUUAAACCAAAGAAUUGUGUGUUCAUUUCUUACCAUCAG